UUUUUAAGUUACUCUGUUUAUUUCGUGUAUUCCUCCCGUCAAAUUUUCGUCGUCUCUACCACGGUAGCGCCGCACUUUGCAAACAGCCCCGAUCGUGAAACUCCCCGUCAGAAGCUUCCGCGCUGCAUCAGGUUUCGUAAAGAAGAAUGAGUAACAUGACAACUUUGUCGCAAAAAAGAGAGGUUGAUUCCAUCAUUAGAGAUACCAUUGAUAAGGUUCUCGUCCUCCGCUUUGGUCGUGUCUCUGAUCCUAUCUGUCUUAACCUUGAUCAAAUUCUUUCUAAAGCAGAAAGAGAGGUGUCCAGAUUCGCAACUGUGGCACUGGUUGAUGUCGACUCCCAGGACAUUCAAGUUUAUGUCAAAUAUUUUGACAUUACUUUAAUUCCAUCUAUAGUAUUUUUCUUCAAUGCUCAUCACAUGAAAAUGGAUUCUGGGACUGCAGAUCAUACUAAAUGGAUUGGUGUUUUUCACAAAAAACAAGACUUCAUUGAUGUGGUAGAGACAAUAUUUAGAGGAGCGAUGAAUGGAAAGCUCAUUGUGACUUGUCCUCUCCCGACCGAAAGGAUACCAAAAUACCAAUUACUAUACAAAGAUGUCUAAAAUUAUACUCUCACCUUGCUGUAGCAGAUUGGGGGCAAUUUUAGAAGCUCUCUUAACCGUAAAUUCAUCUCUUCUCCCUAUCCAUUGAAGAAUCAAGCCCCAGGAAAGAUCUUAGAGCUUCUAUGGACCAUCAUUAUCUCUAUCAUUCUAGUUAUAUCUCUCUCUUUACUUUUUUUCAUGUGAUUUUAGUUUUGCUUUGCAUUCGGGAUGAUGAAUCAUUGUAGGAUUCUGAUGUUAUAUGAAUUAUAUUGGUUUAAUACUAGUUCUAUUUGCUGAUUAAGCAAUUACUUCUAUCUUUCAUGCUUUGAAUCAAUUAUAGAUUCAAACUCACAAUUUAGAAAUUUGGUUUUUGAAAUGGAAUGUGAAGCUGAUUGUUAUAUUUGUGAGCUUCCUAGGGAAUAGGGAUAGGACUUCAUGAUUGUUUAUUCAUAUGAAUUCUUUCGCGUAAUGCUUUGUUAUAUUAUUAGAAGAAGUAAAUAAAUUAGGAUUCUUGGUUUAGCCAAGACCUUUUGCUAAAGAGAUUAAAAUUUGUCUAGUUAAUUAAGUGAAUUUAAACAAUAGAUAAACAAAGAGAUUCAAAUUUUGACCAAUCAUCAUAUAACAGACAAACACAGACAUGUUCUUUAUUUAGAAAUAUUAAUCAUCAUAAGCUGAUACAUGCAUACAUUACAACAAACAAAAUCAAGUCAUCAGUAGCUUUGAGUGAUAUUAUUGAGGUUUUCUUGACCCAAAGCAACACCAUUCAAGGCUACUAACCAAUCUAAAGCAUUAAGCUCUCUAAUUGCUUUAGAGACUUCUAUGUCCAAUUUUCCAAAUACCUCAUGGUCCACACUUUCUAAGGAACUUUUAGCUCCUUGAAUUUCUCUUUAAAAAUAAACUGUUUUUUGCCAUGCACUCUAAAAUUAAUCCAUACCUCAUAUACUUUCUUUAAGAAUUCAGCAUGUUGUAUUCAAGCCCCUAAAAAUUUGAAGGGAAUGGGACCCCAAUUUAGCACCAUCGAUAUAAUCAAGAUGGGGGUAGUGGUCAGAAUCAGAAAUCGCCUUAUUACUUAUCAAUUGCCCUUUCGAUUUCUACUUCGCUAUUAAGCCUUCAGAUAAAAGGAACUUGUCGAUCCUACUCAUCGAUGUUCCUGCAGCAUUAAACUAAGAGAAUCUGUUGCCCACCGCAGGAAGAUCAAUUAAGUCCAUAUCUUCAAUGAACCCAAAGAAAGCACUCAUUUCUAAUGAGUUCCAUUGUGCCAAGAGAAUCUGCAGCCCCUUCUUUUACUUGGUCUCUUAACUGUGCUGAAACCACCUCCUAUACACCAAUCACUUUAUGGAAACAAAGCUUUAAGCCUCAAUAAUUCUGCCCACAUUUCUUUCUUCUUAGCCAGCACACAAGACGAGUAAACGCCGUUAACUAAAGUUAAUUGAAGGAACCAAAACUAUGGAUGAAAAACAUUAAGAAGACAAUUGUAUAAACAAAUAUUUUGAAGGAUAAAAACGGAAUUUGAGACGCUUUUAGGAACCAUAAU